UUGAGAUAAUUUUUCAUUUCAUUUUCAAAACCCUGAUAUCUCUCCUAAACCUCAUCUUCUUCUUCUUCUUCUUUGCUCUCUUCUGCAACAAACAAACCAUGGCAAGACUUCUUUCUCUCUCCACCCUCCCCUCCUCUCUUCUCCUCCCUACUAACCGUCUCCUCUCCUCCUCCUCAUCCCACCGUCCCUGUCAAGCAACUCUAUCCUCUUCCUCCCGAUUCACAACCAUCCGAUGCCAAGUCAACCGUGCCGGAAAUUCAACCUACUCCCCACUCAACUCAGGAAACUCCAAUUUCAGCGAAAGACCACCCACUGAUAUGGCCCCACUUUUCCCUGGAUGUGAUUAUGAACACUGGCUUAUUGUUAUGGAUAAACCUGGCGGUGAAGGUGCUACUAAACAACAAAUGAUUGAUUGUUACAUUCAAACUCUCGCUAAGGUCCUUGGAAGUGAAGAGGAAGCUAAGAAGAAGAUUUAUAAUGUUUCCUGUGAGAGGUACUUUGGAUUUGGAUGUGAGAUUGAUGAGGAGACAUCUAAUAAGCUGGAAGGGUUGCCUGGAGUUCUGUUUGUCCUCCCAGAUUCAUAUGUUGAUCCCGAAAACAAGGACUAUGGUGCUGAAUUAUUUGUGAAUGGAGAGAUCGUCCAGAGGUCACCUGAAAGACAAAGAAGAGUGGAGCCACAGCCACAAAGGCAUCAGGACAGACCAAGAUACAAUGAUAGAACAAGGUAUGUACGACGCAAAGAAAACACACGAUAAAGUACAUUUCGGUAACAAGAAGCGGAGAGAGAGGCAGAGAAGAGAAAGAGAGAUGCUUUGAAAGAGUGAAAGACUGCACUAUUAUGGUCCAGUUUCUGCAUGACUAUAACAUAUAUGUUUGUUCUAUUAGUAAAUAGAUAUGUUUGUAGUUAAACGAAUAUCAUGUAAACUUGAUUCUGUUAUAAAUGUCUCGUCCUUUAUCAUUUUUACACAGAAAUGUGUACACCAUAGAGUAUUUUUGUAUGACAUCUUGUUUUUGUUGAGAUACUGUAUUGUUAUUGAUUAUUAUUAUCAGAAUUGAUAGGACCUAUUUAGAUGA